CGGGGACUGUUGUUGGGGUGGCACCCACUUCGGCUGGCUUCCGGAACGGGCGGACAGACGGCGGUUACCGUGACAACGCGACGGGGGCCGGUGAAGUGAGGGAGCGCCGCUCCACGGGAGGAGGCGCUCUGGCUCGAAGGUUCGCUCUCCUCCGCCGAUGGUCUGAGCUGCUCGGGGUGUUGACGGUGGUGGACUGGCAACCAGGCCUGCGUCAAACAUGGAGUACGGGAGGGAGGAGAUGGUUCCGGUCUGCCCGAACCCCCUCUUCUUGCAGUGGCUGGUGGAGUGGCGAGACAUGGCAGCGGAAAGGCAGCACAAGUCACAAAUUGUUUACGAGAAGGCCAUCCGCUCGCUGACCAUGUAUCCAUUGCCACUGCGGAACGGGAGGGAGGCGAGAAUUCUCUACGGCUUUGGCGACGGGAUUUGUAAUCGCCUGGAUGAGAAACUGGCCGAAUACUAUGCGGAGCAUGGUAGAGACGUCCCCAUCCAUUACGCCUGCGCCCCAGUUCCCAUGAACGCAGCGUGGGCUCAGAGGAAGAGGACACCGAGCACUGGGUCGCCCACGAAGGCGGCAGGCUGCUGGGCAGCGGAGAGCGUGUCUGAGGAGGAGGACCCGGUGGAGCAGAGACCUUCCCCUUCAAAAAGGAGGCGCCUGGAGAACCGCGAGGAGCAAGAUUACAAGCCGCAGAAGCGCUCGGGAGGGUAUGCACUCCUUCUGACCUUCUACAGAGAGGCCAAGAAGCCAGGUUAUCGAGGUUUCAUGACGAAGGGAGAACUGCAGAGGAAAGCCCAGCCCCUGUGCAGGAUAUCCUUCACUCACUUUAAAGCAAGCUACCGGUACAACGCAUGGUCGUCAAUCAGCGCCCUAAUCCAGAAGGACCUCGUGAUAAAGACCGGGUUCCCCGCCAGAUUCACCCUGACCGAGAAAGGCCUGAAGCUGGGCGAGAAGCUGAACGCAGAGCACUUGGAGGAGGAGCGCCUGGAGGAGGCGCGGGGACGGGCGGCCGGAACGGCGCAGCCUGCCGCCGCCGGGGAACGAGAAGAGGCCCAGCCCCCAGCGACCCCAGCAGCCGAUGCAAGCGUAGUCCAGCUGCCGCCCUUCCCCACGAGUUCCGGCAAAGGACCGACCGGCAGAUCAACGGACUUUCUGUCGGCUAACGCCUGGGCGCCAGUGGACGCCCAGACGACGAGUCCCAGCACCUCGCAGGACCGACAGCCCGCCUUCACGCACAUCCCCGAGUUCACGCUGCGGCCGGGGGAGUUCGAUGUGGUGUUGUGCAUCGACUUCAUCGAGACAACGGCGGGGGCAAGUCACAGGAAGCGGGAGCUGGUGACUGAGCUGCGGAAAAACAAAAUCAACUUCGACGUUCGCAAACUUCACGUUGGUGACUUCCUGUGGGUGGCCCGAGAGAGGGUGCAGCACUGUCCAGGGCAUCCUCACCCGUUCCGCCCCCGGGAGCUGGUCCUGGACUAUGUGGUGGAGAGGAAGAGGAUGGACGAUUUGUGUGGCAGCAUCGUGGACGGUCGUUUCCGGGAGCAAAAGUUCCGGAUGAAGCGCUGCGGGCUGAGGAAUCGCAUCUACCUGGUGGAGGACUGCAGCUUCGUCAAGCACCUGAGCCUCCCCGAGAGCACGCUGCAGCAGGCCAUCGUCAACACCCAGGUUGUGGAUGGAUUUUUUGUCAAGCGGACCAAGGACGUGAAGGAGUCAGCUGCCUACCUCACCAUCAUGACCAGAUACCUGCAGAACCUGUACCUGCAGAAGACCCUGGUGAGCUGCAGGAAGGAGGAGCAGGCAGCGUGCAGCAAGGGGGAGACGGACUCCAACACCUGCGUCCUGCUCACCUUCAGCGACUUCAACGAGGGAGCCAUGAAGAACAGGGCGCAGACUGUGAAGGAGGUCUUUGCUAAGCAGCUGAUGCAGAUUAACGGGAUCAGUGGGGAGAAAGCCGUGGCCAUUCUGAACCACUACGACUCCGUCGCCAGCCUGAUGAAAGCCUAUGAGGCAUGUCCAACCGCAGUGGGGCGGGAGAAGUUACUUUCUAACAUCAAGUGUGGCAGCACCCAGCGGAACCUGGGCCCAGCUCUGAGCAAGACCGUGUCACAGCUGUACUGCACGGAGGGGCCUCUCUGCUGAAUCAUUGCCAGCAACUGCUGUGAGGCCUGCCGGAGGGACCCGACUGUCACCCGUCGAGGGAGACCCCCCCCCC